UGCAAGUGAUCUGAAUUGUGCAACCAUACUUUCUUAUAAUGCAACCAUUGUGCCUAAUCCCCACAAGGCUAAAAAAUCUUGGAGCAUGAUUACCUUCGAUGAGUGAGGCAAAUAAAAUUUAAUUAGUCUGAUUCAAGUCUCAACUUAUCAAAUCCCAAGUGUUCUCAAUCAAUGUCCUCCAGACAUGGUAUAGCGGCAGGUGGAGUCCCAAGAAGAACUAGUUUGAGAGCAGUCCAUCUCAACUCUCUUAUUCUGGAACAUUAUCGUUUAGACGAUCUGGUGGGGAUGCCAUUUGUGAUUUUCCUGCUUAGAAUCUCGCCAAAUUUGAAAGAUGUCAAAAUUUCACACUCUAAUGUUGCGGCUGGAAUAGGCCAGCGUCUUUAUCCCCAUUUGCUGGAUGUCGGGGAAUAUUCAGAUGUAAAACUGGAUCAGCUCAGGGUGGUGGAGAUUAAAGAGUUUACUGGUGCAAGGAACGAAAUGAGACUUGUAAAACUUCUUCUAAUCAAUUCACCCAGGCUCGAAAAGAUGGUAAUUCGAGCCAAAGCCACGGCGUGUACUGAACAACAAGAGCGCAUGAUACUUAAAGAGCUAAUACGAUUGCCCCGUCCUUCACCAAUUGCAGAGAUCAUCUAUGAAUAGGUGCAGGCUGCACAAGAAAUUGUUCAUAGAGAAGGUCAUUCGAACGCCUGAGCUCUAUCCAGAUCGCAUUUUGUACUAGUAGUAAACUGAAAAGGAAGGAAAACUCAGGUUCUAUUUGCGGGAAUGUGUUCUUUUUGCCUAUUUCUUGGUCUGGUCUGGCCAGUGACGAACGUUAACCAACUGAAUGGAAAAAUAAUGGAAUCCUUUUGGUUUUGAAUGGUUUCUGAAGACCACUGAUGCGAGCUCUUGGAGACGCCAUAGUAGGACGGUGGAGUCUUUGUAUACGCUGGGUGUGCCGGGGGCGUAGCUUAGAUUACAAAGGGGUUGGUUAGUCACUUGGGAUAUGUCUAGAUUUUUACAAAAACNGGGGGGGGAAAUAUGCUAAAGAAAGCUAAAAAAUGCUACUUCGACACCACAUGAGUGACAAUGGGGAUGACACUGAAUGUGAAUUUCUUUGCAUCAUGCCUGUGAGAACAUAUUCAUAGAUUGUGUCAUCUCUGGUGUCAUUCUUGGUGUCGGCAUAACAUGGCU